AUGUCCUCUGCAGUGGCAAGCAUUGUUUCCAGACGUCCUCUCCAUUAUGUCUUCAAAAUCGGUAACCGAAGAGCCAAUCUGGAAUUCUUCAGAGAUAUUCUUGGAAUGAAAGUUCUACGACAUGAAGAAUUUACUGAGGGUUGCAAAGCCGCCUGCAAUGGGCCGUAUGAUGGUAAAUGGAGUAAAACAAUGAUUGGUUAUGGCAGUGAAGAUGACCAUUUUGUUAUGGAACUGACGUACAAUUAUAACAUUGGUUCAUACAAGCUGGGCAAUGAUUUUGGGGGCCUUACCAUAUUCUCCAGCACCAUAAGGGAUGAGGUGAUCAAGAGGGGUUACCCAUUCCAAGAAGAAUCGGACGGCUUUGUCUUGAAAUCUCCAGAUGGCUACAAGUUUAUGGUAAUUGAAGAUAAAAGUGAAAGAGACCCAGUCAAGAGAGUUGCACUCAAUGUGUCAAAUAUGAAACGUUCAACUGAAUUCUGGAAUCAUAUUGCUGGCCUUAGCAUUCACAGUCAGUCUGAGAAAAAAACGGAACUCUCUGCAGGUAACAGUCAUUGUAACUUGGAAAUCCUGGAGAUUUCAGAUCCAAUCGACCGAGCAAGUGGAUAUGGAAGAAUUGCUUUUGCUGUUCCCCGAGAAGAUUUACCUGGAAUUGAAAAGCAGAUGAACGAUAAUCACGAGACCGUGUUGACGCCUUUGGUUAAGUUGGACACUCCUGGAAAGGCCACCGUUGAGGUGGUCAUCUGUGCUGACCCAGAUGGCCAUGAAAUCUGUUUUGUUGGAGAUGAAGCAUUCCGGGAACUUUCCCAAAUUGACAAAACUUCUAAUGAUGCCUUGGAAAAGGUGAGCCAUUUCUUGCUUUCCUUCUUUCUUUCUUCCUUUCUUUUUCUUUCAUUUUUCUCUUUGUCUUUUUUUCUCUUUGUCUUUUUUUCUCUUUGUCUUUUUUUCUCUUUGUCUUUUUUUCUCUUUGUCUUUUUUUCUCUUUGUCUUUUUUUCUCUUUGUCUUUUUUUCUCUUUGUCUUUUUUUCUCUUUGUCUUUUUUUCUCUUUGUCUUUUUUUCUCUUUGUCUUUUUUUUUCUCUUUGUCCUUUUUUUUUCUCUUUGUCUUUUUUUCUCUUUGUCUUUUUUUUUCUCUUUGUUUUUUUUUUUCUCUUUGUUUUUUUUUUUCUCUUUGUCUUUUUUUUCUUUGUCUUUUUUUCUUUUUUUUUUUUUUUCUUUGUCUUUUUUUUCUUUGUCUUUUUUUUCUCUUUGUCUUUUUUUUUCUCUUUGUCCUUUUUUUUCUCUUUUUUUCUCUUUGUCCUUUUUUUUCUUUUUUUUUCUCUUUGUCCUUUUUUUUCUCUUUUUUUCUCUUUGUCCUUUUUUUUCUCUUUUUUUCUCUUUGUCCUUUUUUUUCUCUUUUUUUUCUCUUUGUCCUUUUUUUCUUUUUUUUCUUUGUCCUUUUUUUUUCUUUUUUUUUUUUUUUGUCCUUUUUUUUCUUUUUUCUCUUUUUUUUUUUUUUUUUCUUUUUCUUUUUUUUCUCUUUUUUUUUUUUCUUUUUUUUUUUUUUUCUCUUUUUUUUUUUUUUUCUUUUUCUUUUGUCUUUUUUUUCUUUUUUUCUCUUUUUUUUUCUCUUUUUUUCUCUUUGUCCUUUUUUUUCUCUUUUUUUCUCUUUGUCCUUUUUUUUCUCUUUUUUUCUCUUUGUCCUUUUUUUUCUCUUUUUUUCUCUUUGUCCUUUUUUUUCUCUUUUUUUCUCUUUGUCCUUUUUUUUCUCUUUUUCUCUUUUUUUUUUUUCUUUUUUCUCUUUGUUUUUUUUUUUCUUUUUUUUCUCUUUUCCUUUUUUUUUUUUUCUCUUUGUCCUUUUUUUUUCUUUUUUUUCUCUUUUCCUUUUUUUUUUUUUUUUCUCUUUUGUCCUUUUUUUUUUUUUUUUUUUCUCUUUGUCUUUUUUUUCUUUUUUUCUCUUUGUCCUUUUUUUUCUUUUUUCUCUUUGUCCUUUUUUUUUCUCUUUUUUCUCUUUGUCUUUUUUUUUUUUUUUUUCUUUGUCCUUUUUUUCUUUUUUUCUCUUUGUCCUUUUUUUCUCUUUUUUCUCUUUGUCCUUUUUUUCUCUUUUUCUCUUUGUCCUUUUUUUCUCUUUUUCUCUUUGUCCUUUUUUUUUUUUUUUUUCUCUUUGUCCUUUUUUUUUUCUUUUUUUCUUUCUUUGUUUUUUUUCUCUUUUUUCUCUUUGUCCUUUUUUUUUUUUUUUCUCUUUGUCCUUUUUUUUCUCUUUUUUUCUCUUUGUCCUUUUUUUUCUCUUUUCUUUCUUCUUUUUUCUUUCUUUUUCUUCAAAUCCUGCAGAUAUCAAAAGUAG